UGUUUUCGCUGCAAGAGUCGGGCCCGCGGGCCCGCGAUAUUUCUCCGCCAUGUCGUGUAUCAACAGCGAGUACAGCAGCGCGGACAACGACCUCGACGGCUGCGAUGCAGAGGGCCUGAAGGAGGCCAUCAAGAAGGGUAACUCCGAGCUAGUGGGCAAGCUUCUGGAUAACAAGGCCGACCUGCAGCAUCGCUAUGUGAACGGCCUCACCCCGCUGCAUUUGGCGGUUGUGCACGAAAAGCUGGACGUGGUGCGUCUACUCCUGCGCCGCAAGGCAGACCCCUUGGCGGAGACCCAGGACGAAUGCCACUUGUCGCCCAUGCAGCUCGCGGAGGUCCAGGGGCAACAGGCAAUAUUGGACGUGCUCUCCAAAGAAGACGCGGUGGACCCUUGCCACAGGCGCCUUUUUGGACCCUUCUGCUUGGUGCUGCUGAUCGCCGUGAAUGCGAGUGUCUUCAGCUAUCUGAACUUAGACCCAGCGUUUCGAUCCAGCGAUGCCUGCUGUGGAGUGAUUGCUACCUUAGCGGGCUUGUGCCUGGCGGGACUCGCUUUGGCCAAUAGCCUGGACCCUGGCACUGUGCAUGCGGCUGACGUGAGCCACUUGGAGGACUUGCGACAUCAGCCCGGCGCAGAGAUGCGGCCAUCUCGGGACCCCACAGAGGAGGACAUGUUCUACUUGCUCCCUGAGAAGGGCGGCUCAGCGGAGCAGGUCCUGGAGGAGUCGACCUACCGCUGGUGUCGCAGCUGCAAGUUCUGGCGCCCUCCUGGAGUGUCCCACUGCUCAGAUUGCAGGCGAUGCUUCUGGCGCAUGGACCACCACUGUUGGGCCAUUGGCAACUGCGUGGCCAGACGGAACCAUCGCUUCUUCACUCUCAUGGUGGUUUGUGGCGCCACUGCGUGGAGCAUCAGUUUGAUCUCCACGAUCAUGGGGGUGAUCGAGGAGACGCCUGGGCGACUCGACGCUCUAGGCUGGAACACCGUCAUCGCAGUCGUCUACUUUGUAUGGUCCUUGCUGGGUCUCUCCUUCCUGGUGCCCUUUUCGUUGUUUCAUUUGUCGGCCUUGAUCUUCAAUGUCACCAGCAAGAACACCUGCGGGCAUCGCGCGCAGUCUCUGUUCCAGCGCCGCCUGCAGCGCGCCAGGGAAUAUGAGGAGCUGUGCUGCGGCCCAUUGGAGUUUCGGCAGUGUGACGCAGAAAUGCGGGAGGUGCAACUUGAGGUGGCUUGGGCGGCCUGAGCACGGAAAAGGGUGGAUGCACCAGCCAAAUCGUGGACCCAUCCCCCA